GUGUGUGUGUGUGUGUGUGUGUGGAGCUGAAACCUGACUCCAACACACACCAGUCCGAACCCCAGUGUGCAUCCUGGUUCUCCUGCUGCUGCGGUCCUGAUCAGGCUGCGGCUGAGCAGCAAAGCUGAGGAGGAAGAGGAGGACGAACCGGUGAGGAAGAACCGGAUCCAGGAAGAGAACCGGGCUCAGCUGCUCUGAUUGACGACCAAUAAGCCGAACUUCCUGUCCCCAGCAGUCGGUUGCCAUGUCUCUGUCGGCCGACCUGAGCUGCCUCCAGAGCAGCCAGGGCGCGGAGCGCGAGGCGUCGCUGGCGUCGCUGGAGAAGCAGCUGAUGUGUCCGAUCUGCGCCGACAUCUUCAGCAAGCCGGUCGUCAUCCUGCCGUGCCAACACAACCUGUGCAGGAAAUGCGCCAACGAGCUUUACCAGCCAUCUUUGUUCCACGCCAGAACCACGAUGCUCGUGAACAGCGGCCGUUUCCGCUGUCCGACCUGCAGACACGACGUGGUGCUGGAUCGCCACGGCGUCUACGGCCUGCAGAGGAACCUGCUGGUCGAAAACAUCAUCGAUAUCUACAAACAGGAGCUCAACCAAAUACCAAGCCCGCCUCCUCUUCCUCCUCCUCUUCCUCCUGCUGAGGCGACCUGUUCUGAUCAUGAAGGUGAAAAGUUGAACAUCUACUGUCUCACCUGCCAGCUUCCCACCUGUUCUUUCUGUAAAGUCUUCGGAGCGCAUCAGAACUGCCGGGUGGCUCCUCUGACAGACGUCCACCAGCAGAAGAAGGAUGAGCUGAGCGAAGGCAUCAGUUCUCUUGGGGAGUUUAGAGACAGAGUCCAGGCUCUGGUCAGUGACAUAGAAGACACCUGUAGAGCCGUAGAGGAGAGCUACAACACCCAGAAACAGAACGUGUGUGACAAGUUCAGCUGCAUGUUUUCCAUCCUGGAGGAAAGACGGAAGGUUAUGACGCAACAAAUCAGCUCUGAAGAAGACGAGAAGGUAAACCACACCCAGAUGCUGAUGCGUUGCUAUGGCGAUAGCAUGGAGGCCAACAGGAAGUUGCUGUCAAGCGUGGAGAGCAGCAUGGAGGAGCUGGAUAUGGCCGCAUUUGUUCAGAAUUCAAAAGAAUUGACCUCUAAAGUGAUUGCAGCGUCCAGCGCCAGUCCACCCGAGACACUGACACCAGGCUAUGACAGUCUGAGUCUCUACAGGUUUAAUUUUAGCAAACAGGAAGAAAUGAUGAGGAGCAUAGACUUUGACAAAGUUGUAGAAGAUAUUUGUGAAGAACCAGAAGUCAAUCCAGAUCCAGAAGAACCCAAAGGACCUUUAAUCCAGAACACAGAACCAGAACUAUGUCAGGAGCCGUUAAUCCCGGACCGUAACGCUUUGGGAGAACCGGAUGAAGAGCCACUUCCACCUCCCAUCUCUCCACCAGUGGAACCAUUACAGCUUGAUGAACUGGGAGCUGACCCAGAUCCUGCAGCUCCUGGCCCAGCGGCCGGUUCUUUAGAGUCUGCUGGAGAACAUUUGCAACCGGAAACUGAUGGUCCAGGUUCUGGUGACGUUGGACCGAGUAAGGUUAAGGUGGAGAGAAAGGUGGAGCGGGUUGGGGCCGAGACACAGCAGCCUGUGAGAGAGGAAAACCUCAGGAAAGACCAGGAGGGGAUGAACACUCAGCAGAUUGUCACACUGGUCUUCUACCUUUUGGGCUUGCUGGUCAUCCUGCUGAGGUUCUGGUCUUACAUCGGCCGUUUUAUUUACUUGUGAACCCAGAAGAGAGAGGCGGACAUGAAUCAGCGCCUCCACGCAGAAGAAUACGGAGAAACAGAGCUGUCCUUCCUCCGGUUCUCCUCUCUUUUCAUCCUCCUCCUCCUCGGUUCUGGUCCUGGUUCUUGGUAGAUCCAGUUUCUGUGUCUCUCAGCUGCAGCAGGAGCGGAAAAAUGAGGCUCUUUUGCUUCAUUCAUGAUCAUUUUUAAAACCCAAAGUGCCACAGGAAGUUAUUUUCUGUUUUAUUUUAGUUGUUUUGAUUUGCUGCAAACUGCAGAUUGUUUCUUGUUUUUGUCCAAACUUUGGUCUUGGUCUAAAAAUCUAAGGGUGUCUCAGUACAUUUUGGUUUUUUUACUAGCUCGAAUUGCUGGAUGGAAACUUUAGAACAAAUCAGAUUUGCAGAUUUGAUCGUGUAAAACGUGUUUUUGUAGAUUUUGGGGGAUUAAAACAUAAAGUCACGCGUUUCUAAUCUCAGAAUGAGUUAAAAUAUGAAGACAAAUCCCAUCAAAACAUGUCUGAUGUCAUUUAUCCACGCAAAGUUUUAGAAACGGAUGUCCUGCAACGGUUGGAGGCUGCAGCUUCCGGUUUGGGCGGCACGUCUUCAAAAUAAAAGCAUUGAAAUGUCGCCACGUAUGUAUAAAUAGUAAAUCCAGUAUUUAUACUUGA